AUGCCCAUGCUCGUCCACUUCCCGCCUACUGGCAUGCCGGGCUUCGACCCCGCCCCUGCCCCCGCCCCCGAGCCGAGCGCCAUCCUCAUCGUCCACAGAUCAUCAAAUUUUCCUGCUCCCGCACCCGCGCACGCAGGCUUCUUUGCCCCGAUGGUCGGCAACGUCGCAAGCGAGGAUGUCGCAGUGAUGGACGACAUCGGGCUCAGCGCGGGCUGCGUAAAGGAGAGCAGGCGGCCCUGGCCCUGCGUGCCGUAUGCCGCUAGGGUAGGCUGCAUUCCCAUGCCCACGCCCACGCCCACGCCCACGCCCAUGCCCACGCCCAUGCCCAUGCCCGUGCCCAUGUCUUUAGGAGUGCUUGGGGUAGCGGGAGAGGUGUACAGCGGCUGUCGCGCGGCGUACGCGGGCGUGCUGGUCGCAGCAACUGACGCGGGCGCGGAGGCUAGCAUGUCCAUGAGGCUCGGUUUGCCGCUCGGGAGCACGGGUGCCGCGGCGGUCGCGGAUGGCGGGGCCGCCUGA